AAUAAAGAUAAGUUUUGAAAAGAUUUGUCAUAAAUAGAGCGUGUAUAUACAUUUAUUUAUCUUCGGAAACAUGGAUAAAAUAGGAAUAAUAAAUCAUGCAUCUUGAAAUAGAAUAGUCUAAAAGAGCGACGGUUGACUGAACCAUCGCUUCCUUUGAUCAUUCUCUUUAUAUCUUUACUUCAUUCAUUAUAUAUCUGUAUGAUUUCAUAAUCAUCUUGUUACACAUUCUCUUUUCACAUAAAAAAAAAAAAAACAAUUUCCUCUCAUUUCUAAAUGGCACACGUCGAUUAUAGCACCGGUGAUUCCUUCUCAACGCUUCAUCCUGACAUCAUCCAAACCCAAAUCUUGACCCGACUCGACGGUCCGACGCUUUCCUCCACCGCAUCAACAUCCUCUUAUCUCCAAACCCUCUGCAGGGAACAGAAGCUCUGGCAAGAACUCUCAGCCGCCACGUGGCCUUCUAUAAACGAUCCACGUGUUGUUAAAGCCAUCUCCUCCUUCCCUUCCGGGUACCGCUCCUUCUUCGCUGACUCGUACCCGUUCAGUGAACACACGUGGCCUUCCGAAAAAGACGAUCCACCGACCACUGGAUUAAUCUCAGCCGUUGACCUGUAUUACCGAGGAGAGCUAAUCUACUCUAAGGUCCAAGAGAUGGAAACAGAGAGUGGCAAAGGAAGUUGGUUCUUGUCGGCUCCGUUUCGGGUCGAUAUGCUCGACCCAAAAGAGUCGGUUAGCACCCGGAUUCGAUAUCCGGGUGGGGAUUACGAAGCGUGGGUGACAGAUAUGGAAGCGAGCAUGAAGCUCAACUGGAUAGUGAUCGAUCCGGUAAAGAAACGUGCGGUGAAUAUAUCGAGUAGGGACGCAGUUUCGGCGAAGCGGAACUGGUUGACCGGAGAUUUAGAGAUUAGAUUUUCGACGGUGGUGACGGGGAAGAGAGCGGCGGAGGUGGCGGCGGUUGUGUCGUGUGGAUCGGCGGAGACGUGGAAAGAGGUGGACGAGGAAGUGGGAGGAGAAGUGCACGUGAGGGAGGUGAGGUUGGGAGUAGAGGACAUAGAAGGAAAGUGUUUGAAAGGGAGGGAGAGUGUGGUAAUAUUACAAGGGUUGUUGGAAGGGAAGAGAAGUCGUAAAGAUGGAUGUGGUGAGGGGAGAAGAGGUAAAGGAAGGUAUGAGGAAUACGUGGAGAUGAAGACAGAGUGGAGAAAGAAAAAAGAGAGGAGAGAAAAAUUUCAAGACACUAUUUGUAUGAUUUUUGGGUUUUCUUUGUUUGUGCUUUUGUGGAGUUUUAUUUUGUUAAGAUAAAUAUGCUAAAAAGAUGAAACACAGCAUAAUACGAUACACAAGUUUUUUAUUAUCAA